GUAGGGAGCAAAAGGAGCAAACAACAUGGCGAAGGCCGGCGAAAAGAAUGGCAGCAGCGGGAAAAAAAACUUAAAAAGGAAAGCCGCUACCAAAGAACCUCAAGAGGCUGCAGUUGCUGAGGAUGGAGCGACGGAAAGCGGAGCCCAACCCCCGAAAGCCGCUGCCUUUCCCCCAGGCUUCAGCAUUUCGGAGAUUAAGAACAAACAGCGGCGACACUUGAUGUUCACGCGGUGGAAGCAGCAGCAGCGGAAGGAAAAAUUAGCAGCCAAGAAAAAACUGAAAAAAGAGAGAGAGGCUCUUGGUGAUAAGGCUCCACCAAAGCCUAUACCCAAGACCAUUGACAACCAACGAGUUUAUGAUGAAACUGUAGUAGACCCUAAUGAUGAAGAGGUUGCUUAUGAUGAAGCUACAGAUGAAUUUGCUUCUUACUUCAACAGACAAACUUCUCCCAAGAUACUCAUCACAACAUCAGAUAGACCUCAUGGGAGAACAGUACGACUUUGUGAACAGCUCUCUACAGUUAUACCAGACUCACAUGUUUAUUAUAGAAGAGGACUGGCUCUGAAAAAAAUUAUUCCACAGUGCAUCUCAAGGGACUUCACAGAUCUGAUUGUGAUUAAUGAAGAUCGUAAAACACCAAAUGGACUUAUAUUGAGUCACUUGCCAAAUGGUCCAACUGCUCACUUUAAAAUGAGCAGUGUUCGUCUUCGUAAAGAAAUCAAGAGGAGAGGCAAAGACCCCACAGAACACGUACCUGAAAUAAUUCUGAAUAAUUUUACAACACGACUGGGUCAUUCAAUUGGACGUAUGUUUGCUUCACUCUUUCCCCAUGAUCCUCAAUUUAUUGGAAGGCAGGUUGCCACAUUCCACAAUCAGCGUGAUUAUAUCUUCUUCAGGUUUCACAGAUAUAUAUUCAAGAGUGAAAAGAAAGUGGGAAUUCAGGAACUUGGACCACGUUUUACCUUAAAAUUAAGGUCACUUCAGAAGGGAACCUUUGAUUCUAAAUAUGGAGAAUACGAAUGGGUACAUAAGCCCCGGGAAAUGGAUACAAGUCGAAGAAAAUUCCAUUUAUAAAGUCCUAAGGAAAUAGUAUUGGAUUUUGCUGAACUUGGUAAUUUAUUUGUGAUAGAACACCUUUUUCAAAAUAGCAUUUAUUGAUUUUAUAAAUCUUCAUGUCUGAACAGUUGACCAAGUGCCAUGAAUUGCCACUCUACAUAGCAAAUCAAAAUAAAAGUAAUUUGGGUGAGGAUUUAGAAUUUAUAAUUCAGGGUGCCUAACAAUUAAUUUGCUUACAUUGGGGUAAUUGUGAAUGAUUCAAACUGAAAUAAAGACUCAGAUUAACUUUCCUAUCUACAUUCCCAAAUAACAUGUGGGCUGGAGAUAAACAGAAUGGUUGAUGGAUACCAUGUAACUCCUAAUUUAUUAUCAGAUUUCCCAUUAUCUUGCUCCUUUUUAACCUCAUUACAUGGUAUGGUAUUACAUAGUAGGUACUGUCUCAAAUCCUGAAGUUUUUCUUACUACUACUAAUGGAACGUUCAUUGCCAAUCUUCUCUCUACUACCAUUCUUAUUAAACUAAAACCAUCCAAGUAACUGGCUACUUAAGUAUAACUGGUAAUACCCCUGGAAAGGAGGAUAUUGUAAAUAUUAUUAAGAUAAAAUUAUGUAAAUAACUCAAGGACAGAAACAGCACUUUACCCCAACUUUAAAAGAAUAAAGAUUUGCAAUUUAUACUUGGUAAGACACAAAAUAAUAUAAUUGGUGAAACAAUGAAAAGUUAGAACUAAAAAUUUAACCCCUUCAAGUGUCAAAACAGCUUAAAACAAUGUUUUUCAUAAAAUAAUAAAGCAAUAAACGUUUAUACUAAGUA